UUGUGUGAAAAGCGAUCGGGAUUUUAUCUUUUGGUGUGCCUAUUAAAAGUGUAAAAUGUCCGCUGAAAAUAUAUUUGCUGUUAUAGCGCAAGGCGAUCUAAGUGAAUUUAAGACUUUACUAGCCAAUUACAAGGGAACUGUUAAUUUAUUUGACGAAAAUGGUAUGACGGCGCUACAGCACGCUGCUUAUAAGGGUAACAAGGAUAUGGUCCAGUUAUUGCUCGACAGGGGUGCUGAUGUGAACUCAGGUAAACAUGAGUACAAUUACACUGCCCUACACUUUGGUGCCUUGUCUGGAAACUCUGAGGUGUGCAAGCUGCUCCUCGAUGCUGGAGCAAAACCGACUGCCACAAAUUCUGUAGGACGUACUGCAUCUCAAAUGGCUGCAUUUGUCGGCAACCAUCACACAGUCGCCACAAUUAACAACUACAUUCCAUUCAAAGAAAUAUCAUACUACUCAAUACCUCAAGGUCAACAGACGGACCCACAUCUGCCCUCGGUCCUUGUAGAACCAUUGCAUAAAUUUGUCCUAGGAGUGAACAUUCAUCCAGUAAGAUUAGCGUUGAACCUUCAACACACCCCUGCAUUACUCGAAAAUGCAGACAAAGUAAGUAAGGUCCUAGACAUGCUUUGUAAAAAGGAAAUGACCAGAGGAAGCGAUACCAAUGAAGUUAUGGCAUUUAAGUACCACUAUCUAGCUUAUAUCAUAAGAGAAAUUAAUAAUAUAAGGGACAAACAGAAACCAAACUCAGAUAAGGAGGAAAAGAAACAUGAUAUUGUUGAAGUGUUUGCAAAGAAACUCUUGAAACCUGGCAAAGAUGGAUUCUCGCUGGACCUCAUGGAUACCUUCCUAAAGGAUUGUGUUCGAGAGUUCCCCUACAGAGAAUGUACAACAUUUCACCAAAUGGUCACUUCCCUGACUAGUAAGGAUCCCCCACCUGCAUUGUCGGUUAUAAACUGUACUAUCAAUGGCCAGAGAGGCUUUGUUGAUGCCAUACCAUACUGCAGUACUUGUGGAGAGGAGAAACCAGCAAAGAAGUGUUCAAAAUGUAAAUCGGUACAAUACUGCGACAGGGAGUGUCAGCGCCUACACUGGUUCGUGCACAAGAAAGCCUGCAACCGAGAGUCCAGCUCUCCCGCAAUUAUGAACGCUAAACCAAACAUAGACGCGGGCGAAUUAACCACUGAACUCCAAAAUCUUGUCGCCGGAUAGAAAAAGUUAAUAGUUUUUGUUAAUCACAAUAUAAUUUAUAUUAUGUUUAUGUUCUAUGUAUCUACGUCUGAUCUAUAAUGAAAAACACCAGUUAUAUUCUAAAGUUAAUGUGAGUAGUUAAAUUUAUGGCCUUCUUAACGCUAAGAGAUCUAUUCCUAAAAUUAGGGAAACCUCUAAAAAUUGGAACUGGAGUAGCUGACUAACAAGAAGAAUGUUUCACUAAAGCCAAACCAUGAUAAAAAGUUACACUAAAUAAACAUUAGAGGCUGUGAUUUAAAGUAAUUCAAGUAAAGAAACAUUAUUUGGCUACUUUGGUUUCAUAUUGCACAUGUCUAUGUUGUGUGUAAUUUUAGGAAAAACAACAUUAUAGGUCAAUUAAUAAAAUGUAUGUAUGUAUAUAUUAUUUGUUUAAAAGAAUACAGAA